AUGGCGAGCGAGCUGCCGAUGCUGACGCGCAAGGAGCAGAUCGACGCGUUCCUGUGGAACACCAUCGAUGCCGUGCUCGUGCUGCGCUUCGGCCACUCCGACGACCCCGCCUGCAUGCAGCUCGAUGACGUGCUAACGCGGGCGGCGACGGACGUGAGCGGGUUCGCGCGGGCGGCGCUGGUGGACGUGAGGGCGGCGGGCGUGGCGGCGUACGUGGCGUGCCUGGACGUGCAGGUGCUGCCCGCGUGCGUGUUCUUCUUCAACGCCACGCACAUCAAGAUGGACUCGGGCACGGCGGACCACAGCAAGUGGGUGGGGCCGUUCGCAUGCAAGCAGGACUACAUUGAUGUCGUUGAGACCAUAUACAGGGGAGCCAUGAGGGGCAAGCUCAUAGUCACAUGCCCGCUGCCCAAAGACCGCAUUCCCCACUACGAUCUGCUUUAUCAAGGCUUCUAA